AUGGCCCCAGCUGUUGCUAAUUUGUCAAUCUCAUUUAAGAAAUCUGAUAAUAACAAUGUAAAUUUUUUAUUGGCACCUGUGACAGAUUUAUAUAAAGACAAAAAAUGUGUAGUCAUAGACUUGGAUGAGACUUUAGUUCAUAGCUCAUUUCAACCUGUUAAGAAUGCAGAUUUCAUAAUCCCAGUUGAAAUUGAUGGCACUAUUCAUCAGUAUGCAGAUCCAGUAACUGACCUCCUAGACAAGUGGAAUGUUUUCCAGGCCCGUCUCUUCAGAGAAUCCUGUGUCUUCCAUCGAGGCAAUUAUGUCAAGGACUUGAGUAGGCUGGGUAGAGAUCUAAACAGAGUGGUCAUCAUUGAUAACUCUCCUAUGUCCUACCUAUUUCAUCCUAAGAAUGCUGUUCCAGUGAUGUCGUGGUUCGACGACCCCUCCGAUAGAGAACUCCUUAAUUUGAUACCCUUUUUUGAAAAUCUAGCAACAACAAGAGACAGUGUCUACAUGUUUCUCAACCAAUCACGACAGUCCGCUGCAUUUAACUCCGCCUCCUUAAGAACAAUUGAAGCUGUUUCAUUGGUCACUCAGCAAGCUACACUGACCAAUCAGCAAGCUACGUUUCAUCCGACGUCCAAUGAGGAAAUAGCGCCUUUGAAUGACACAUUUUCGCCGGCCCCUGUCGUUGUUGUCAUUGAUGAUGUAGAUGCAGUUGCUGCUGCAGCUGGUUUCAAUGUUGCCGAUAGUGCUGAAAAAGUUGCUGUUGUUUGUAAUGGAGAUGCUGGUAGCAAGGAAUGCAAUGAUGUAAUUGAUGGUGUCAGAUCACAUCCACUGCAUAAAGGUGAUGGCGACCAACAACAACAGCAACCACCACCACAACAACAGCAACAAAUGAAAUUACAACAACCACAAAUCAAAGUGCAGUCAGCAGAACAGUUGAAACAACAACAGCAGCAUCACCAAGAACGACAACAAAACAAAGCAAUACUCAGACAGAACCACCUCCAACAACAACAACACAGUCUACCACAACCAGCAUUAAAAGUUCUGUUUUGUUGCAGCAACCGCAAUUGCAGCAACGACAGCAACAAAAACAUCACCACGCACAACAACAAAAGAGCUCAACAGACCAUCAACAACAAAAACUUCAAUGGUCUUCAUCACAGCAACAACAACAACAACAGCAGCAGCAACAACAACAACAACAGUUAUAUAUUUCACUACAUCAACAGUCUUCAAAUCAAAUACAACAACAACAACAUCACAUUAAACAGUCAACAACAUCAACAACUGCAACAUAAACGACAGCAUUAUAGACACGUAGCAUCAUUAUCAGCUGCAUAG